AUCGCAGUUGCAAUCGCUAUACCAUGGUCCACCCAUCGGUUACCAUCACCCAAGAAAUGUUCGAACCUUUUGCCCCGAUUUUUUACUUGAGUAGGUUUAUGUGUCUUCACCCUCUAAAGUGGAAAAAGUCCAACUAUAACUACUGUGUGACGAAAUCGUGGAUCUACGUCGCCUAUGGUUGCUUGGUUAACAUUUUCAUAGUAAGUACUGGCAUCUAUGGGUUGUAUCGAGCCUACGAACUAAACGUCAUUUAUUCAAUGAAAGUGACUAGUUACGCUGGUCUCUAUGUGAAAAUCACCGACAUCACUGUAGUGAUGUCCACUUUCACCAUAGGGGUACUAUGCACGUCGUACAAGGUCAACAAGUACCUCAACUAUUUCCACUACUUGACCAAAGUUGACCACCUACUUCAAAAAAGACCAGAAAACACUCGCCACUAUACUAUAGUCACAACUGGAACAGUACUUGCCUUUCUUACAAUUUUCAUCUACGACUUAGUAAUCGGGCUGCAAAUGGGUUCGAAAACUGAAGGCGUUUUUGCCUCACUUGCUUAUUUGUUUCCUUUUUAUGUGGCUUAUUUCUCUCUUUUCGUAGUCGAGCUGGUGUACUGGCACCUCGUUCAUUCCAUCACGGUACGACUGGCAGUACUGAACAAACGACUCAGCGAAAUCCUAAAUGGUCACAACUUGUGUCAAAUUGACAAAAAAGCACACAAUAUUGUCGACACCUUGAAACCUGACUCUAAUAAAGGUAAAUUGAUUAAAUCUACAUCUGUAGAGAAGUUCGUCGACUUGAUGAAAGCGUACGAAAAUUUGACUGAAGCUGCGAAAAUCGUCAAUGAUUGUUACGGGUUGGUGAUGCUAAUAGUACUCCUGGGGUGCCUAAUCCACUUACUAGUUACUCCAUACUCUCUUAGAACCCUAACCUUAGAACAAAGUAGUCCCGUUUUUAUUGUUGCUCAGUCCAUAUGGAUGGGUAUUCACAUCGCGCGCUUGAUGUUAAUUAUCGAACCAUGUCAUGGGUGUUUUCAACAAUUAAAGGACACGUCUGCGAUCGUCUGCAAAUUAAGGCUCUCCGAAAAAGAGAAGGAGUACAGAAAGGCUAUUGAUUUUUUCCUAACUUUUUUAGCGCAGUGUAGAAUUGAGUUUUCAGCUUUUGGGUUAACCGCACUUGGUAGAAAUUUGUUACCACCGAUUGCAGGGGCCGUUACUACCUACUUAGUGAUAUUAUUUCAGUUUCAGUAGAAUUAAUACCUUGUCAAAAAAUAAAUGUAUGCUUAGAUUGUUUGUUUUGUAGACAUUAUAUAAUUAAUUAUUCUAAAUAAAAUGGCGG